AUACCCUCAACUGAGUGAGUUUUGAGACUGACAGAGGCGUACAGACAAAACCCCGCUUUAUUUUGGGGAACCAGACGGGAGCAGAUGAGGAACAAACUCCUUUCUUGUCCGACUUCAUUCCGCCCCCCGACCCCACUCCCCCCCCCCUCCCGUUUAAAUCCAGUCUAAAUUCUGUGCGUGAGAGUGCGGGGACCUCCCGGGAAUCGAGGAAAAAGCCGAGGAAAACUUCGAAAAGAAUCAUCGGAACAAGACAGUAAAGUUAAUUUAUUCAUCUCUUCUUUAGAAAUAGUCGCGACUCGGAAUGAAUGUGCGUGAGUUCUGCGGUAAAUCUCAGCAGCGCGUGGAUUGACUUUCAGAGGGCAAGAUAACGGUAAUUUGGACACUCCCGUGAAUCCUGAAAAAAAAAAAAAAAAGAGUAAAUCUAUUUUUUGGGUUAGUCACAACCACGUUUUCCAGGACCCAGAAAGCCAUCGCUGGCAUAACUGCUGUAAACCACCGGAUGGACUCUCGUCCUUUGGAUUUAACGACCUUUUUGGAGCAAAGGGGAGCCGUGCGCCCAGGCUGCUGCCAUGACAUAACGGGACAUUUGGGAAAUCAGCGCCUCUGAUAUUUCUGGAAUGACCGGAUGAGAUGGGAGUUCACUGUUGAGCGAAAGACUUUCACCCGUCAUUCAUUUAUCUAACUCCCGUGAGCUCGGCGUGCCUCUUCAUUCUUCCUUUUCAUAAACUCCAACCGAGACCUUCAUGGUGGAGAUAUGGGAUGACUGGAGGCGGGGGUGCAGCUGAGGUGAGAUCCAGGCGAAGGACAAUGGUUGCGCCCGCAGCUGGCAUCCCUCUGCUGCCGGGGCGUCUGGUACUGAUGCUGCUCCUGCUGUCCGCCUCCGGAGCGGGACUCGUCCAGGUUUGCCCCGGGCCGCUCGCCUCCACCAGCGGCUGCAGCUGCGCGGAGGAUCGCCCCAAGGCGCACGGCGCUCAAUCUGUGGGCAGGAGGGUGAGCUGCAGCAAGGAGGAGCUGGUUGAACUUCCGGACUUCAGUUUGUUCCCCAACAGGACCGUCACUCUAAUACUGAGCCACAACAAGAUCCGAGUUCUGAGAAAUGGAUCCUUCAUUGGACUUAACUCCUUGGAAAAGCUGGAUCUGAAGCACAACCUAAUCAGCACCAUCAUGCCUGGAGCCUUCCAAGGCCUGUCUGAGCUUCGGAAGCUCGACCUGUCCAACAACCGCAUCGGCUGCCUGACCACAGACAUGUUCCUAGGACUGACCAACCUCACCAAGCUAAACCUCUCUGGCAACAUCAUCUCAACCCUGGAUCCAGGCGUGUUUGAGGAGCUGCCUUCCCUCAAACAAGUAAACUUCGUGUCAGACUACUUGUCCUGUGACUGUGGGCUCCGUUGGAUGCCGAGCUUCCUCCGCAGCAGCUCGGUGCGUGUGGGAGAAGAUACCCUGUGCGCCUUCCCGAGGACCUUGAGGGGAAAGCCCCUGCGAGGCCUGAGAGAAAGCCAGCUAAGCUGUGACGGUCCACUGGAGCUACACACCCUGUCGCUGCUGCCGUCCCAGCGUCAGGUGGUCUUCAGAGGCGACCGGCUGCCAUUCCACUGCACUGCUGCCUUGAUGGACAAGCUCACCAGCAUACACUGGCGUCACAAUGGUCAAGUAGUGACAUCUGACCCUGACAGAGGCGUCCAGCUGGAGGAUAGCGUGGUGCAUGAUUGCACCUUCAUCACCAGCGAGCUCAUAUUAUCCAACGUUCACGUGGAGGCAAGUGGAGAGUGGGAGUGUGUGGUCACUACUGGGCGGGGCAAUGCCUCGCGCACUGUUGAAAUCGUAGUGCUGGAGAACAGCGCCUCCUUCUGCCCAGAAGAUAAAGUUCUAAACAACCGCGGGGAGUUCCGUUGGCCAAGAACUCUGGCCGGCAUCACCUCCCACCAGUACUGUCUGCAGCUCCGUUACCCCUCCUUGUCUGUGGAGGGGGUAACGGAGCAGAAAAAGGCCUCCCGAUACUGUGACCGGUCCGGAAAGUGGCACGAGGGCGACUACUCCAACUGCCAGUACACCAACGGCAUCACUCGUGUCUUGCAUACCUUCAUUUUGACACCCAUAAACGCGUCCAACGCCGUCACCGUGGCCCAUCAGGUGCGGACAUACACGCUGGAAGUGGCUGGCUUCACUGACUCUGUAGAUGUGCUGUAUAUUGCCCAGAUAAUGGAGAAGUUCAUGGAAUACGUCAGGCAGCUGCGAGUGUUGUCGGAGGUGAUCGUUGAUAUGGGCAGCAACCUGAUGCAGGUGGACGACCAGAUCCUUGCUCUUGCUCAGAGAGAGAAAAGAGCGUGCAGCUCCAUCGUCUACUCUCUGGAAACUUUAGCCUGGCCUCAGUUACACGGUGGAGCACAAGACUUCUCUGUGGUGUCUAAGAACAUCGUGAUGGAAGCUCACCUGAUCCGACCCGCGCACUUCACCGGUAUAACCUGCACCGCAUAUUACCACCGCGAGUUGCCAACAGGACGGCCAGGAGUGGAGACGUCGGAGUCUGCACCUCAGCAACUCCUUCAUUUCCGCUGCAGCACUGGCUCCCAUAACGUCUCCCUCACCAACUUCCCCUUGAAGAAUUCUGUAGCCCUCGCUUCUGUGACUGUUCCAGCCACUUUGUUUCCCCCGGAUGCUGCUGCGGACUGCAAGCUGCAGUUUGUGGCUUUCCGAACAGGAAGCUUUUUUCCUCUACUGCCAAACUCAAGCAACGCCGUUGAACAAUCUCGCAGACGAAGUGUCAACACUCCUGUCAUCUUUGUAGGCCUUGACGGCUGCACCAUGUGGAACUAUUCUGAUCACAUCUGGGUAUCCCUGCGCCACUUGACCCCAGGCACCGAUGCAGUGGCAGCCCAGUGGAGCCACACAGAACCAGGGAAACUGGGAGGCUGGAGCCAGCAAGGCUGCCAGCUUGUUCACACUGACAGCAGCACUUCACUGAUGCGCUGCUCUGUGCUCGGCAACUAUGCGGUGCUGCAGGAAGUUCCCACCUUCCCCAACUCCAGCUUAGUCUCUGUGAGGGUGCUCCACCCUGUGGUCUACGCAUGCACUGCAGUGCUGCUUCUCUGCCUCUUCACCAUCAUCAUUACCCACAUACUACACCACAGUUCCAUACAGAUAUCAAGAAAAAGUUGGCACACUCUGCUGAACACCUGUUUCCACAUCGCCAUGACAUCGGCUAUUUAUGCAGGAGGCAUAAGCCUAACCAGCUACCCUCUUGUCUGUCAGGCAGUGGGCAUCGCUCUUCACUACUCCUCUCUGUCAACACUGCUGUGGAUUGGGGUUAGCGCCAGGGUCAUUUACAAAGAGGCCGUGUGGAGAACGCCCCGGCAGACGGAAGGAGAGUCUUCCCCUCCACCUACUCAGCGACCUAUGCUCAGGUUCUAUUUAAUAGCCGAUGGAGUUCCUCUCAUCAUUUGUGGAAUCACUGCAGCUGUCAACGUCAACAACUAUGGAGACAAUAGCCCUUACUGCUGGCUGAUCUGGCGCUCAAGUCUAGGAUCUUUCUUUGUCCCUGCUGGUUUAGUGGUGUUGGUGACCUGGAUUUAUUUCCUGUGCACUGUGCUUCGCCUGAGGCACCGUGUGUCCAAAGAAUGCACAGGAACCACCCUGUCCUCUCCUGGGACAGAGGGCCAUCCUGCACUGGCAGGAAGCACCAGCCUGCUCUCCACAGACUCAGCAGGGAGACCUAUAACCCCAGCCGCCCCUCCAGAGGAUCAGUACUCGCUGAAGACACAGUUUUCUAUACUGGUAGCCACCCACUUCCUGUUCGCAGCUCUUUGGUGUUGUGGAGCCAUGGCAGUGUGGCUAACAGGGCGCGCAAGCUUGCUGUUCAGCUGUCUCUAUGGGAUAGUCGCCACAGUUUUAGGGGUGUUUCUGGUGGUGCACCACUGCUUUCGACGCCGUGACGUGCAGACGUCGUGGCUGGGCUGCUGCCCAGGUUAUCGUCGCUCCCAUCCGAUGUCCACUUACACAAACACUUGCACCACUGUAAGUGGAGUGCAGACAUCGGAGCAAGGAUCCCAGCUCUUCAUCAACUGCCAUCCACCCGCUGACUCUCACAACUCGUCCUCAGCCAGGUCAUCGUCCACGCCGAGCGGGAUCAGCAGCGUCGGACCUGGGCCGUGCAAGCUCACAAACCUGUUGCAGGUGGCACAGGACAAUCCCAGCAACGCUUCAAGAGUCCCUACAAGCAACAACACGAGCACCAGUACAGACAACAUCACAAAGCCGACAAACAAUGUCCUUCCCUCCAUAAACUCUUCAGCCCCGGUACAUCCCCAGAGAAAAAAAGUGAGUAGCAGAACUAAACAAGGGAGUAGUCAACAUUAUCAUCGAGGUGAGGGCAGAGGUCACUACCGCCUGAAAGCUCUGAGGACUGCUGGAGGGGGCAGUCUUGGUGCUUUAGGGCCGACAGGUUCGGAGCACCUCAAUUCCUCGCAUGCUUUUUACAAGCAGGCCACAAGUGAGAACGGCAGCAUCCACCACAGUCUCUCAGAGAACCAGGCCACCCUGCUGACCAACGGAAAGCGAGUGGGGGAGUCGGCAGCCACCAGCCCCUCUGAGGGGAGCGACGGGGGCAGCAGCGGGAGCCGCAAACCCUUCCCUCUGCCGCCCUCUGCUGCCAGCAGAGUGGCCAUGCACAGCAAUCAAAGACGAUGCUCCAGCAGAGACAACUUGAAAGUGGCAGCAUCUGCAGAGCGAGAAACUAAGCGCUGCUCCUAUCCUUUGAACUGUGUCGCCAACACCGUGCCCGGGGCUGCUGCCCCAAAUGGCACCCUGAAAAUCUCGGUGCUCGAGCUUGAGCAGGACAUGAGUGGCACGGACCAAUCCCAGAGUUCUGUUGGAAUGAAAACUGGUUUGUGGAAAAGUGAAACCACAGUAUAAAAUUUUGGAUGAACUUGUAUGCAUGACCUUAAUGAAAUGACCGGGUUGUGUUUUAACGUCCACUUAACAAUUAUAUAAUUUAAGAUAUAAUAUCAUGAAGGCAUCCAGGACUCUAAACUGGUACGUUUGCCUCUGUAGCUUUGUAAGUUUGAUGUGAAAUAUUAAGGCAGUUUCUGUUAUUGACAUGUUCGAGCAUACACAUUUAUUUUAAUCACUUUACAAAAGAAUGUGUAAAAGAUAUUUUAAUUUGGCAUUUGAUGUUGUAUUUGGAUGCCUCAUGAAAGCUUUAUUGUUUUAGUUGUAAAUUUUCUAUGCAUUUGAACUAUAGCAUAAAAUGGAGUGCAAAGCCGUCUGUUUCCAAAGCA